UUCGGCACUAUAAAUGUCGGCUAUGGGUGUGGGCUCCGUUCCACUCCCACAUGGCUUUCUGAUCAACAUCUUUUUGAUCACCCUCGCAGAUAUUCAGAACGCCACCAACAUCGUCAAACCAUCGGCCACAUGUGCAACGUAAAGGCCACUAUGCUCUUUUCCCCGUCCUGGGAGGAGCCCAACAUUUCGCCGAUGAAAACAUUGGCCACCACCACAGCGGCAUGGGACGACUUCUGCGCUGGCCUCGACGAAGCCUGGGCAGCUGACUUCCGGUCGAGCCCUUUCGCCGUCGAGCAACAAGGAGGUCUGGACUUUGGAGCCCUCGCCCAAAGCACCUCGACGCCGAAUUGGGACCAGUGGUCUUCCCAGACCUCCGACGCGCACGUCAUUCCGCAGAAUUACGACAGCGCGUCUACACGUCCCGCCGACGACCUCGUACCCGGCCCCCCUUCUCGCCUUCAAAAGCCGACGUACUCGACGUACUAUCCAACGGCUAACAAUCCUUUCGAACCGGUAUGGCAAUCCCCUGCGUUCUCCAUCGAGUCGGUUCCGGACGUCCCGGACAAGGUCACCCCUUUCGCCUUGCCAGCGGAGUCGCUUUUGGAGGACUCCUACUUCCCUCAGUGGUCUACCUUGGAUCCCGACUCCGACUGGUCCCGGCCGCGCUCCGACAGUGGAGCAUGGAGUAGCGCCGACGAACAGUCGUGCGGAUCCCCUCAAGCAGUGUGGGCACCUUCUCAUUUCCACAAUGAGAACAACAAUGCCAUGUCCAACAAGUUCGCCUUUGCGCCUUUGAGCGGGGAGCUCGACGACGACGACGAGCUCGGGCGGCAGUUCCGCGAACUAGAGUCGUCGACCAUCACCAUGCCACCGUGGCUCGGGCACGAUGCUGCCGUCGGGCCUGUUGUCCCAACAGUGCCAACAGUGCCCAGCCAUGCACCCCUGACGCCUUCGGCGGCGUUCGCUGCCCCCAGCUCCGCCGAGCUGGCCGCCAUCCUGGCCGAGUUGUCUCGCCCGCAAGGCGCGCCCGAGGAGCCCUUUCCUUCCGAAACAAGAAGGGCUGGGUCGUCGGACGACUUGAAGGUCCACUUCUGCAAGCAUGCUGGCUGCGGCCGAAAGUUCACGAGGAAGUACAAUCUGAAGUCCCACUGCGUCGCCGCACACUCGGGCACGCGGCCAUACGUAUGUUGCCGAUGCAAGCACUCGUUUGCGCGAAAGCACGAUCUCGUCCGACACGAACGAUCGGUUCACCUGCUGGGACCGCUGAAGCACGUCUGCUCCUGCGGCAAAGCUUUCGCCAGAAGUGAUGCAUGCAAGAGACACAAGAAGAUGGAGAAUCAUGCUUGAUUCUUCACCUCGUUACUUUAGGGCUGAUGAGAUAUAUAUCAUGAGUUUUUUUUGGAUAAGAUUUAUACCCAUCUCCAUCAGCAUCGGACCUUGCAUUUACAUCCUUUAUAUAUUUCGAAUCCAAUGAAAU